UAUCGUUUACGUUCGAAACAUAAUGGUACCAUAGUUAUGAUGGUAAACAAACAGUUGCAUCCCGUUCACACUUAUCACACCAUCACGACAAUAGGUUGUUAAUGUUUAGUGUUGGUAAACAGAUCAUUUAGGAAAAACUGUCGCAGACAUGGCAAGCCUGCACCGAGAUGUCACUGACAUAUCAAAAAGCAUAAAGGAAAGAAAUAUUUCAAUCAUAAUUGAUGCAUCAGGUUCCAUGUACAAAACAUUUGACAUAAUUAAAGAAGCUGCCAUGAUGCUUAUCCACAACACAUUAUACAGACAAGAACAUGGAAGUUUCAAUGUCAUUUCAUUUUCCAACUCAAGUCAAGUGUUUUCAAAUUCUAUGGUUUCCUGUUCUAAAGAAAACCUUGCUUUAGCAGCCACUUGGAUUCAUGGACUUACCUGUGAAGCCUCAACAAAUACUUUGUCUGCAUUGGUCACAGCCUAUAGCGAUGAUAAUUCAGAUGCUAUUGUCAUAUUUACGGAUGGGUUGCCAAAUCAAAAACCUUCUGUAGUUUUAAAAUGUAUAACUGAAUUAUCUCAGGGACGACCUAUUCAUUCAAUAUAUGUAAAUAAUGGUAACAUCGAUGAGUCUGUUGUGCAGUUUUGGGAAAAGCUGGCAUUAAACACUAAUGGUUCCUUGCAUUUGCUCACAAGUGGUAGUCACAAUAAGUGCAAGUCACAACAAAUUUACCCCUUUAAAAAGACGUACAGAGGUGAUUCUUCAGAUUCAGGCUCUAGCAGUGGUUCAUCCUCUGCUAGUGAUUACUCAAGUGAAACUGAAAGUGAUACAGAAAGAACUGAUCUUGAUCAUGGCAAUAAUUAUCUUGGUAAAAAGGUUUUGGCCAAAAGAAAAAGCAGUGGAUUUUAUUACAAAGGAACAAUAGUUAAACUGAUGCUUUCAAUAGAGCAAGUUAUAGUUCUGUUUCAAUCUUCAAAAGAUAUCAAGUUUCAACUCCAACAGAAAUGCUCGUUAAACGACAUAGUAUUUUAUGAUGAAGCAAAACAACAUAGAAUUUACUCUGGAGAUAAAGUCUUGGUGAAUUUAUCUUCCAAAAAGAAAAAGUUUACUCCAGCAACUGUUCUAAAGAAGGAAUAUUUAUUUGAUGAUGACGAUACUGGUUUUGACAAGUUACUUGAAGUUGAAUUAUUCAAUGGAGAAAUAAAAAGAGUACCUCUUACAUCUGCAGUAUAUAUAUCACUUGAUGUGUACAAAAAAAUUGUGAGGGGUAUUGAUGAGAAGGUUACUUCGUCGUCAAGAAAAAAGAAACAAAGAAAACGCCAUUCGAGAAAGUAUUCUCACAAGGAGGAAGAUGAGCAUGGUUCUGAUGAUGAUCAUGAUAAAAAUGCACGAAAUUACUUAAAAGAGAAAAUAGAUAGACAGUUAAAAGAAAGUGAAGAAUUACUGGCUAGUUUAAAUAUGAAAGAACAAGAAGAGUUUUUAUAUCAACAAAAACUAUUGGCAAUGGCACAAGAAGAAAAGCGUGGUGAUUAUAUCUAUGAGAAUGGUUUUACUGAUGGCUACGAAAGUGCUGUUGAAACAUAUGAUAAAAUAAAGAAGAUCAGACAACGAACUGCGUCACGUGAGAAGUUACUGGCUUCUAUACCAUCUUCUUUUGAGGAUGGUGUUAUUGGCAGACAUGUUCGCAGUAGGAGUGCUGAACCCAAAGAACUUAGAGAGUCCUACAUUGAGCCCCACCCUCCUUCGUGGAAAACGAACAAAAAAAGACUAGAAAACACACCGAGAAGGAGAUACAGAUCUGCAACAGUGGGAAGUAAUGUUGUUGAAAGAUCAAAAAAACAUUGGGUAGGGCGUCCUAUUACAAGAGAAACAACAGCUUAUACGGGCCGUUACAAGAGUAAACAAAGUGUGCCUACAGCUGAAGAAUAUCAAACAGCUGACGGAGUUCCAUUUCCAGUUAAAACAGAUCGGCGCCUGAUACAGCAGAGAUCAUCCAACUGGACACCUGGAAGAAGUGACAAUUCGGGUUACAAGCAUCACGAUAUUAUAGCUCACCGGGUGGUUGACAAGUUUCCUCAAAAGACAAGCAACUCCAGUUCACCUGUAAAUGCUUCAUAUAAAGACAAAGAUAGGAUUGAGGUAUUAAAAACCAAGCGAGAAUUGCGUGACCUGAAAGAGCAAAUUGCAAGACAGGAUAGGAGUGUGCAGUUUGGAGAAAGAGAAGAACAGCCAAGAUAUCAUCACAACGGUCCAGAGAGAAAAGGGUACACAAAAGUGAAGAUAACUAUUGAAAAAGAUGCUUCAAAGACGAAAAUCAAACAAAGAAAACAGGAGGAGCAACGAAAAUACGAAAAUCAAAGAGAGUUGAAGAACCAACAAAAGAAAUAUGAAAGAAUAGAUGCGUUAAAAGACAGAAAAAAGGUUUAUGACGAUAUGAAGAAGAAAAGAGCGCAGGAACAAUGGGUUGACAAAGGUGAACGUAUUAAUGCAAGAAGUCAAGAGGAGAGGAAAAAUGAUUUUGAACAACGAAGAGUUGACAAGCAGAUUGAGGAUCAUGAAUUGAAGAUUAGAAGAUUGAAGCAGAUUAGAAAGUACACUGAUGCCAGAUUUCGUCAUAUGAGAAAAGAUAAUGACCGACAUCGAGAUAUAAACGAACACGUAAAAGAUGUGAAACAGGGUCACUAUAGAGCCAGUAUUUUGCCUUAGUAGCUCAACAUAGUUAUACGUUGUCAUUUUAGUGAGAGAAUUUCUUUCGCACUUUUAAUCAUCUCGCACAAAGCAUUGCUUUGUGUUGGCAUAAGAAACUUUUGCCUUUUUUAAUCGAGAAUAUCAUCGAGACUGGUAUUUAUGUUGGUAAUAAAUAACUGUAAAUAGUAUAAAAGCUAACAUGAAUCUGAUUGAAAA